GAUGUGUGCCUCGGCAGGCAGGGAUGCUCACUGACUUCAGGCAGCUGCUGACACGCUGGAAACGGGAGCUCAGGAUGGGCAUCCUGUUGGUGGCAAAUGCUGGUUUGGAAUGGGUAGGGUUUAUGCUCAGUGUGUGAUGUGCAGGAGGAAUACAUAAAGGCCAUGCCCAUUGUGGUCACUUGUGCUGCCAUUCUCUGUUUCUUUUGGCAGCAGCCCGUGCCCAGAAGCAUCCAGUAUCUCCAGGCAGGCAUCAUGGAGGCAUCUGGCAGAACCCCCACCAGCCCAACCCACAGAGUCCAGAAUGUCAUCCAGAACAGCCCUCUGGACCUGAUUGACACGGGCAAGGGGCUAAAAGUGCAGACGGAGAAGCCACAUUUGGUGAGCCUGGGCAGCGGCCGACUCAGCACUGCCAUCACGCUCCUGCCCCUGGAGGAAGGAAAGACCACCAUCGGCACGGCCAUGACAGACAUUGUCCUGCAAGGCCCUGGGCUGGUGCCUCAGCACUGCUACAUUGAGAACGUGCAGGGGACGCUCACCCUGCACCCCUGUGGCAACACCUGCGCCAUCGAUGGUGUGACUGUCCGGCGGCCCACGCGCCUCACCCAAGGGUGCACCAUCUGCCUGGGCCAGGCCACCUUCCUCCGCUUCAACCACCCUGCUGAGGCCAAGUGGAUGAAGAGCAUGAUACCGGCGGGAGGCAGGAGCCCAGCGGCUUUCUAUGGGCUGCCAGCAAAGCCUGAGGCCCUAGUGAACGGUGGCCACCAGCCAUCAGAGCGUGGGUGUCCCAGCCAUAGCUCCCUCGUCAGCUCAAUUGAGAAGGACCUGCAGGACAUCAUGGACUCACUGGUGCUGGAGGAGCCGGCUAUCACCUUCUGAGCACAGAAGCCGCCGGCCUGUGGCCGGUCCCCUCUCUCCCCUGUGGUGAAUGGGGGUGGACGCUGCCUCCUGUCCCCCCUACCCAGCCCCGGGGCUGCCUCGGGAGGCUCCAGCUACGAGAACUUCUCUCCACUCUCCUCCCCGGCCAGCAGCAGCAGCUACACCAGCCCCUCGCUGAGCAGCCAGGAGCAGGGGCCACCUGUGCCCCCCCUUGUCCCACUCCGCUCCUCCAGCUACAACCACACUGUGCAGCCACCCACCCUGCCCAGUGGGAGUCCUAGUGAGCCUUGGCCGGUUGAGAGGCUCGGUGACCAUAGGGCAGGCAGCCCCCGGCUGACACCCAGGGUGGCACCGCGGCCACGGGCGGCCCUACAGGAGCGGCCCCCGAGCCCCUUCCGUGAGCCGCGGGACUCCCUGGUGCCCAGCCGACAGGCUGCCAGCAGGGCAGUCCCAGAGGCCCGACUGCAGCCCCCGGAGAGCCCGCGGGUGGCCCGGAGGAACAUGGAGAGCAUGCGGGAGUUGCCCCCCCUGAGCCCCUCCUUGUCACGCCGGGCUGCCAGUCCCCGGGCAGCUCCUGACACCCCCUCCCCACAGCCCCGGCUGGGCAGGGAGGUGCCUGGCAGUCCCCGUGCAAGGCGCAAGGGCUCGGAAGAGUCGAGAGGUGCUGGGAGCCCCUCGCCCCCACUGCUGGCAGAGACCUCCACACGCCGCCCCAGCUUUGGCACUUGCCUGAGCCCAACAUAUGGGCUGAGCUCACCGGCCAUGCCCUCGCCCCAUCAGAGCCCCCGUGCCCCCAGGAAGCCUUUGGGGGACCCACGGCUGCCAGCGGGGCCACGAGAGCGCAAGAACAGCAUCACUGAGAUCAGCGACAAUGAGGAUGAUGCUGCUGGACGUACCACCGGCGUCAAGCGGCAGGAGCGGGUUCGGGAGCAGGAGAUGGAGCGCCUGGAGCGGCAGCGCCUGGAGACCAUCCUGAACCUCUGUGCUGAGUACACCAAGACGGACAGCACUGAGCCGGGUGACGUGCCCCGGCUCCUGGCUGGUGAUGCGGAUCCUGGCCGGCGGGUGCCCAGGGGUGCUGUGGCUCUGGGCCGUGCGGCCGAGGAGCUACGGCAGAGGGAGAGCCUGGAGAAAUCAGAUGAGGAGAACUUGAAGGAGGAGUGCAGUAGCACCGAGAGCACCCACCACGAGCACGAGGAGUUGACAGGCCCCCGGGCCAAAGAGGCGCAGCGGCUGGAGGAGGAGCGUGCCAGUGUCCUCGGCCACCUGGACCAGCUGAAGGGCCGUGUCAAGGAGCUGGAGCAGCAGCUGCAGGAGACAUCACGAGAGGCAGAGAUGGAGCGGGCGCUGCUGCAGGGUGAGCGGGAGUCAGAGGCGGCGCGGCUGCGGCAGGAGCAGGAAGCAGUGCAGCAGCUACAGGAGAAGCUCUCCAGCCUGGAUGCCAGCAUCCGCAAGGAGCGGGACAAGGAGGCAGAGGCACUGGAGACAGAGGCCAAGCUGUUUGAGGACCUGGAGUUCCAGCAGCUGGAGCGUGAGAGCCGCCUCGAAGAGGAGCGUGAGGCACGAGGCAAGCAGCUCCUGCAGAGCCGGGCCGAGUGCAACCGCAGCAUCGCCCGCAGGAAGGAGCGGGUGGCUGCCCUGGAUGCCCAAGCUGCCCAGAUUCGGCUGCAGAGUGCCCAGGAGGCCGAGCGCCUGACCAGGGAGCGGAGCAGUGUCCUGCAGCUCCUGCAGAAGGAGAAUGAGAAGCUCAUGUCUCUGGAGAGGCGAUACCAGCUCGUCACAGGUGGCAGGAGCUUCCCCAAAAUGUCCUCGGCUCUCAGAGAAGUCUAUCGUGCAAAAACAGAGGGUGACGCUGGUGUCCCCACCCCUCGGAUGAAGAGUGGGACCCCCUCGUCUUCGCAGCUCAACCUCUCUGUGCUGGGGCGCAGCCCCUCGCCCAAGGGCCCCCCAAGCCCAGCGGGCAGCCUGCCCCGCAACCUGGCGGCCACACUGCAGGACAUCGAGACCAAGCGCCAGUUGGCCCUGCAGCAGAAGGGUCAGCAGGUGAUCGAGGAGCAGAAGCGGCGUCUUGCGGAGCUGAAGCAGAAAGCGGCUGCCGAGGCACAGUCCCAGUGGGAAGCCCUGCAUGGGCAGCCCCCCUUCCCCGCUGCUUUCCCCCGGCUCGUGCAUCACUCCAUUCUCCACCACCACCGUCCCCAUGGUGCUGGGCCCCGGGCCGAGGAGCUGGACCAUGCAUAUGACACCCUUAGCCUGGAGAGCUCAGACAGCAUGGAGACCAGCAUCUCCACCGGCAACAACUCUGCCUGCUCACCUGACAACAUCUCCAGUGCCAGCGGGAUGGAGACAGGGAAGAUUGAGGAGAUGGAGAAGAUGCUGAAGGAGGCACAUGCUGAGAAGUCACGGCUGAUGGAGUCCCGGGAGCGGGAGAUGGAGCUGCGCCGGCAGGCGCUGGAGGAUGAGCGCCGGCGCCGGGAGCAGCUGGAACGCCGGCUGCAGGAUGAGACCGCACGGCGGCAGAAGCUGGUGGAGAAGGAGGUCAAGCUGCGGGAGAAGCACUUCUCACAGGCUCGUCCCCUGACGCGGUACCUCCCCAUCCGCAAGGAGGACUUCAACCUGCGGCUGCACAUUGAGUCCUCGGGCCACAGCGUGGACACCUGCUACCACGUCAUCCUGACUGAGAAGAUGUGCAAGGGCUACCUGGUCAAGAUGGGGGGCAAGAUCAAGUCUUGGAAGAAGCGCUGGUUUGUCUUUGACCGCAUGAAGCGCACCCUCUCCUACUACAUGGAUAAACACGAGACAAAGUUGAAGGGUGUCAUCUACUUCCAAGCCAUUGAAGAGGUUUACUAUGACCACCUCCGCAGUGCUGCAAAGAGCCCCAACCCUGCACUCACCUUCUGUGUCAAGACCCAUGACCGUCUCUACUACAUGGUGGCACCCUCGGCCGAAGCCAUGCGCAUCUGGAUGGACGUCAUUGUCACCGGGGCAGAGGGUUACACCCAGUUCAUGAACUGAGGGGUGGUGCUGUGCACCCCAGAUCCACCACUUGGACAGACUCCUGAGGAUCCCAAGCAGUGAGGAGCUUCUGCGGGAGCCACAGUCCCUGCUGCACCCUGUGCCAAGGGCUGUGCACACCAUAGCAGUGGAGCUACACUGGGCCCAUGCUGGGUGGCACUGAGCAUGGCCUGCUCAGCCAAGGAAAUAAGAUUUUUUAUGUUGACUUUUUAAAAACAAAAUUUAUUUGAAAAAGUGCUGAAAUGUAAGAAGCUGCCAAAGAGCUGCCAGGGCCUGAGCUUUCUGCCUUGGGGAGGUGCUGGAUUUGAGGCCGACACUUAACCACACUCAACACUGUUGCCACAGUGUUCCAGGGAGGGGUGGUGAGGCCCCAGCUGGACAGGACCCCCUGCUGUGGUAGACCCAGACCCCUCUUUGUAAACCUUUUGUAACUCCGAAUCGGUGUCCUGCCCGUGCCACGGCCGGACGGGGAUUGUGGGGCUGCCCAGCCAUAAAGCAUUUCAUGAACCAGGCUCAGCCCCUGUGUGUGGCCUCUGGU